UCCUCCUCUACCAACUGCCUCCAUUUCCACACAACCUUUAGCUAAUUAAGCUACUUCUGUCCCUCCUAGCUAAGCAUCUUCUUAAUCUCUCGGUGGUGAUCGGAUGGACAGCGCGAGGAGCUGCCUCGUGGACGACGUGAGCAGCGGCGCGUCCACGGGCAAGAAGGCCUCUCCGGCGCCGGCCGUGCCGGCGACCAAGCCGCUGCAGCGCGUCGGCAGCGGGGCCAGCGCGGUCAUGGACGCGCCGGAGCCCGGCGCGGAGGCGGACUCCGGCCGCGUCGGCAGGCUGCCGUCCUCCAAAUACAAGGGCGUGGUGCCGCAGCCCAACGGGCGGUGGGGCGCGCAGAUCUACGAACGCCACCAGCGCGUCUGGCUCGGCACGUUCACGGGGGAGGCCGAGGCUGCGCGCGCCUACGACGCGGCGGCGCAGCGCUUCCGCGGCCGCGAUGCCGUUACCAACUUCCGCCCGCUCGCCGAGUCCGACCCCGGCGACGCGGCCGAGCUCCGCUUCCUCGCCGCCCGCUCCAAGGCCGAGGUCGUGGACAUGCUGCGCAAGCACAUCUACCCCGCCGAGCUCGCGCAGCACAAGCGCGCCUUCCUCGCCUCCGCGGCGUCGUCCCCAACGUCGUCGUCGUCAACUCCCGCCUCGUCGGCUCCUUCAGCCGCGGCGGGUCGCGAGCACCUGUUCGACAAGACGGUCACGCCCAGCGACGUGGGGAAGCUGAACCGGCUGGUGAUCCCGAAGCAGCACGCCGAGAAGCACUUCCCGCUGCAGCUCCCUUCUGCGAGCGCCGCCGUGCCAGGCGAGUGCAAGGGCGUGCUGCUCAACUUCGAUGACGCGGUCGGAAAGAUGUGGAGGUUCCGGUACUCGUACUGGAACAGCAGCCAGACCUACGUGCUCACAAAGGGGUGGAGCCGCUUCGUCAAGGAGAAGGGCCUGCACGCCGGUGACGUGGUCGGGUUCUACCGCUCCGCCUCCGGCAACAACCAGCUCUUCAUCGACUGUAAGCUCCGGUCCAAGACCACCACCACGACGACGACGACGACCUCCCUUAACGCGGCGGCCGCCCCGUCGCCGGCACCGGUGACGAGGACCGUGCGACUCUUCGGUGUCGACCUUCUCACGGCACCGGCGCCCGAGCAGGAGGAGUACGGCAUGGCCAAGACAAACAAGAGAUCCAUGGACGCCAGCGUAGCGGCGCCCACUCCGGCGCACGCGGUCUGGAAGAAGCGGUGCGUAGACUUCGCGCUGACCUACAGACAUGCCACCACCUCACAGUGCCCGAGGCCAAGAGAUCAACUAAAAGGAGUACAAGCAGCAGGGUGUGCAUUUGCUCUAUAGACUUGUCACCACUCGCCACGCAGUGCCCGGGGUCAAAAGAUCAGCUGGAAUCAGCAGUGCAAAUACUCUUGACCGACUCACAUAGUCACGUUCACGUACUAGUAGUGUAGUAUAUCUAGCGGGAUUUUUUUUUUGAAAUACUUCCGAUGUGUUCAUCAAACUUUAUGUAUGAAGAACAUCAGAAGUAAUAGAAAUUGCAUCUAGUCUCAUAGAUCACCUAGCGAUGAGUACAAAUAUUGCAGCAAGUCUAAGGUGCACCGCCGUCAUCUCUCUACUCAUCGGAGCUGGGCAAACCUUCUGGUAGGAGACAGUCGUGAGGUCAUCGUCCUAAGGCCCCAAAGGACCAACACACCGGUUCAACAACGGUCACUGACGAAGAGAAACGUAAAUCGAAAUGAUCCAACGUGUAGACACGUGAACACAUAUGAAUGAAAGUCGAAUCCAAGUUGAUCCACUGCAGACAAACAAUGAUAAAA